AUGAGAUCGACUUUCGUGCUUACGCUUAUCAUAACGCUACUAGGGGUGUCCCAGGGCCAACGCUUUUUGCGUAAUACCGGCCAGGCCAGAGCUCAGGUUCAAGCCGAAAUGGAACUCGAUGGCGUGGAUCUGGGAGGCAUGUCCAGAGAAAUGUUCCUCAUGAAGGACAAAAACUGGGAGCUUUUGCCUCCAGAUCUGGAAGGCGUUAGCGGUAGUAUGAAGAGACACAUUCUCAAAUAUUUCAAAGAUCCCGUAAAACUCAGCUUGCAAAAGAAAACUGGAAAGUACGGAAGACGAGCGAUUGCCAAGACAGAAGCUGGGCAGAAGCUUAGGGCAUAUUGGAGGGAAAGCCCUCCGGGUACUAUUGAAAGGUUCAAACCGUCCGAGCUGCUGGAUGUUCCGUACGAUGAUGCUGUUCGAUCGCGGUUGUCAAUGGUAGAAUUUGAAGUGCAAUUGCCACCCAGGCCAAAAUCCAAAAAACUGCCUUCCGUUGUCUACUCGGUGGCCAUUGAAUCGGGGUCCAUGAACCCAAAAUGCAUUGUACCCCGCGGCGCUGGAAGAAUCAGAGUCUACCCAGAAGGACGCUCUGGAAAGCCCAUUGAUGCCGGGCCCGGAAACUUCGGUCUUUCCAUCAGAUCAGGUCUUGUAGAUCCUGGAUGGGCACGGGGACGCCCUGCUUUCCGCAAAGGACGACCUACAGGUCUAAUCUAA